AUGAAUAUCAGCCAAACUUGGACUAAAGAAAACAUACAUUUUUGUUAUGAAUACUCAAACAGGUCUUGUCCAAAGUUUGUUUAUUCAUCUACAGUAUGGGCUCCCCUCUAUGUUUUAUUAGGGUGUAUUAUAAUUUUGACUGUUUUUGGAAAUCUUAUUGUCAUCAUUACUAUAGCUCAUUUCAAACAACUCCACACUCCAACUAAUUACAUUGUCCUCUCCCUGGCUAUCGCUGACUUCCUUCUGGGGUCAGUCAUCAUGCCACCUAGCAUGGUUCGCUCACUGGAGAGCUGUUGGUAUUUGGGUGACCUGUUCUGCAAAAUCCAUUCCAGAACAGAUAUCAUGUUGUCCACUGCAUCCAUUUUAAACCUUUCUUUAAUUUCCAUUGAUCGAUACUAUGCUGUCUGUCAGCCUCUCCAUUAUCAGACAAAGAUCACAAAUGGUGUUGUUCUGACCAUGGUUGUAAUCAGCUGGACUCUGUCUGCAUUACAUGGGUAUAUGAUGGUAUUUAUGAAUUUGAAUACCAUGGGCACUGAGGAUAUUUACAAUGAGCAUUUCAACUGUGAGGGAGCUUGUUUUCUGUUACGAAGUAGGAUGUCAAUUUUGACUUCCUCCAUUUUAGUUUUUUUCAUACCAGGCUUUCUCAUUAUUGUCCUGUAUCUGAAAAUCCUCAUUAUUGCAAGGAAACAAGCCUGUUCCAUUCAAAGCAGAGUCUGUAAAAAUGUGACCUUUGAGAAGAACAAAACCAAUCUAAACAAGACAGAACCCAAAGCCACAAGGACACUGGGAAUUGUGGUUGGUGUUUACCUUAUCUGCUGGUCCCCCUUUUUUCUGUGUAACUUGAUUGACCUAUUUCUAGUUUUUCCCUCUCCACUCAUCCCUGAAUUUUUUGUAUGGCUUGCCUAUUUGAACUCUGGAAUAAAUCCAAUUAUUUAUGCUUUCUCUUUCAGUUGGUUUAGGAAGUAU